UGGAAGAGGGUUUUCAUGCAUAAAUCUUUUUAUUUAUUUUCCCCAAAUUAAAUUAAAUAUUCCUUCUUCUCUUCGGACAUUUUUGUUUCGGUUCUGUAUCCUCCACGGCGGCGUCGAAGACCUAAACCUCAGACUCAGCAGCUUCCAUCAAAUCUCCAAUGGAGACUGAAGCUAAGAAGGAAGCUCCAGCUUUCGUAUUAUACGAUGCUCUUCCUCCACUUGAUGCCAAUCACUCUCCAUCAGCGCACGACGAUUCUCACAACUACUCUGUUUUCCGCAACGAGAUCUCUGACUCAACCGUCGAUACAGCGCCGGUGGAAUCAGACACGGUCGACUUCUUCUCACUUGACGUCGAUGCAGAGACGAACGAGAACGACGUCGGGUUUGUAACUCCGGUGGUCGUGACAUCAAAGAAGAGCAGAAAGAGGAAGAAAGACAAAGAAGAUGCUGAGGAUGAAGAACCGAGGUUAGAGACUACUAACUGGUUUAACGAGAACAGCUGUUCCAAGAUCCCAAUGCUUCAGUUACAUAAAGAGAUAGUAGACUUCUGCGAGUUUCUGUUACCAACUCGAGAGGAGAAAGCACAGCGUGAUGAAGCGAUGGAUAGUGUGAGAAGUGUGAUUCAGUAUAUCUGGCCGAGUUGCAAGGUAGAAGUUUUCGGAUCAUACAGGACAGGGCUUUAUCUUCCAACAAGUGAUAUCGAUGUGGUGAUUCUGGAAUCAGGAAUCACAAAUCCUCAACUAGGUUUAAAAGCACUCUCCAGAGCGUUAUCGCAAAGGGGGAUUUCAAAGAACAUUAAGGUGAUUGCUUGGGCUCGUGUACCAAUUAUCAAGUUUGUCGAGAAGAAAAGCAAUAUUUCAUUUGAUCUAAGUUUUGAUAUGGAGAAUGGACCAAAGGCAGCUGAGUUUAUACAGGAUGCUGUAUUAAAGAUGCCUCCUGUACGACCAUUAUGUCUAAUUCUAAAAGUAUUUCUACAGCAGAGAGAACUCAAUGAGGUGUACAGUGGUGGAAUUGGUUCAUACGCACUUCUAGCAAUGCUCAUUGCAUUUCUCAAGUACCUCAAAGAUGGUCGAAGCCCACCUGAGCAUAACUUGGGAGUUCUGUUGGUUAAAUUCUUUGACUUUUACGGGCGAAAACUAAACACGGCAGAUGUCGGUGUAUCUUGCAAGAAGGGUGGCUCUUUCUUUUCAAAGUACAACAAAGGUUUUCUAAACACAGCCCGACCAGGGCUCAUCUCUAUCGAGGAUCCACAGACACCAGAGAAUGACAUUGGCAAGAACUCAUUCAACUACUUUCAGAUUCGAUCAGCAUUUUCAAUGGCUUUGUCUACAUUGACAAACACGAAAGCUAUUCUAGCCUUAGGACCGAACCGAAGCAUCCUCGGCACAAUAAUCAGACCAGACAGGAUUCUGUUAGAGCGCAAAGGUGGUAAAAACGGGGAUGUCACUUUCAACAGCUUGCUCCCCGGAGCUGGGGAGCCAUUGCCAAUGUCAGCUAACGGCAAAAGCAAUGGAGGACUGUUCUGCAAUUGGCAACUAGAAGAAGACGAAGAAGGCUCGUUCCCAAGAGGGGAUACUACUCCAGUGGUAGACACUCCUGGUAAGAAAAGUAAAGAGUCUUCUCGAAAGAAGAAGAAUAAGGGAAAGAGGAAGAUGGUUGACGAAGAGGAAACAGAAACGAGUUCAAAGAAAAGACGUCGGAAGAAUAAGUUGAAGCAUGAAACAAGCCGAUGGUGAAAAAACCUUGGCAGCUAGCGUCAGCUUAGUGUGUGAAUUAUAAUUUGGUAAAAACAUAUCUAAUACUGUUGUAACGAAUUAACAUAUGAUACUAUUGAAUAAUUUAGUUACUAAAGUUUAAAUAUUACAUAUUUAUCUUUAGAAACAUUAA